UUAUUUUUUUGGGCCCCCAAAAUCUAUCCAUCCAUCAUCAGAGAGAUGGCCUUUUUCUCUCUCAAACUCCAUCCAACGUCCAAGAUCUUCUCUGCAAUACGGAGUGGAUAAAACCUGCAACUGCAACUUCCAAAACUUGCUCAAAACUCUGCCAUGGCUUCCGUCUCCUGCACUGCCUCCAUAAAUUUCACCCCAACAUGCUUCACUUCCCGUUCUUCCUCGAAAAUGGGUUCCCGAUUUCUUGGGUUUCAUUCUAAGCUCGGUUGGACCGCGCCCAUCGCCAUUGGACCCUCCAAUGGGUCUAGAGCUACGUGCUGGUUCAAUUUUCGCCAAAAUGCCGAAGGUGCCGGCAUUUAUGGCAGCCAGUCCCGAGAUGACUUCAACAGAGACGAUGUCGAGCAGUAUUUUAACUACAUGGGAAUGCUGGCUGUGGAGGGUACAUAUGACAAAAUGGAGGCUCUUUUGAGCCAAGACAUUCACCCAGUGGACAUUUUGCUGAUGCUGGCUGCAUCAGAAGGGGACAAACCAAAGCUUGAAGAACUAUUGAGAGCUGGAGCUACUUAUGAUGUGAAAGAUGUGGAUGGACGAACUGCCAUUGAUAGGGCACCCAGUGAAGAAAUCAAAGAUUUUAUUCUUAAUUUUGCUGUUAAGAAAGCAUAAUUUGGUCUCUCCUUGUUCUUCUUUGGUUUGUUUUUGGGGAGUGGCUAUAUUUUGAUAGGUUUAGAAAGAGGUUUUAAAGAUUUGUAUUCCACUAAUGUUAAAUCAUAUUGUAUUUAAAUGACACACCUAUUUUAAUCCAUUAGGAAAUGGCUUCUAAAUUUAAAGUCUUA